AUGGAGGAACUUGAGCGUCUCUCAUUGGUUUCGAGAGUAUGUGUCGAGUUGGAUAAUCAUCUCGGGAUCGCAGACAAGGAUGUGGCAGAGUUUAUCAUAUUUUUGGCUACGGAGAAUUCAACUUUUGAUAAAUUCAAGAAAGCAAUUAUUAAAGAGGGACUUGCUGAUCAGUUUGAUGAUUCACUAUUGGCAAAUCUUCUUCGUAUCAUACUGCAUAUGCACCCAAAGAAAAAAACUGAAAUAAAUGUAAAAACUUUAUCAGAGGAUAAAAAUUUAUUGCGAGAAACACUUCCAGCUCUCGCAAUGCCAAACGUUGAUGCCGAUAAAUUGAUGAAUGAGUUGGAGGGCUUGCAACCCAAAUGGAAAAAGGAAAAAUCCAAAAUAACGGAAGAGGUAAAUAAAAAAAGGAGAAGUCGAUAUCGUUCGCGAAGUAAAGAUAGACGUAGUAAUUCUCCAACUCAUAGCAAAUAUAAACGUCACGAACGAAGACGUGAAACUCAUGAUUCUGGAAGAAGUCGAUCGACAAAGCGAAGCAGGGAGUGGAGUCACGAACGAAAUGGGUUUUCAUCAAGAAACCAUCGCAGAAGCAGCUCCUAUUCUCCUGCUGAAAAUCGGAGAAGAAGAUCCAGUCCAGCUCCGUCAGUUGGGCAUAUUUAUAAUGGUCGAGUAAUAAGUAUCCAGAGUUUCGGAGCUUUUGUACAGUUGGAGGGCUUGCGUCAACGUUGUGAAGGCCUUUUACAUAUAUCACAGAUCCAGCAGGAACGAGUAAAUUCUGUUUCUGAUGUGCUAACUCGCAACCAGAAGGUUAAAGUUAAGGUUAUCAAGAUUGAAUUAGGAAAGGUUGGUUUGUCGAUGAAAGAAGUUGAUCAGAGAACAGGGCAAGACCUUAAACCACGUGCAUCAACACCUGUUCUAGAUUAUACUCGUGCACCAUGCAAUCCAGAAGCACCAUGGACCAAUCCUUCAGUUUCUGGCAACCCCGAUGAUGUGUCUGUUAACCAGACAAAAAGUGCAAAGAAAAGCAGAAUUCGCUUGACUACUCCUGAAAGAUGGGAAUUAAGACAAAUGCAAGGAGGAGGAGCUAUUACUAAUGCUGAUUUGCCGGAUUUUGAUGAAGAACUGGGCGUUCUCAGAAAUUAUGACGAGGAAAGUGAUGGGGAAGACAUCGAGAUAGAAAUUGUUGAGGAAGAACCAGAGUUUCUUCGGGGUUAUGGAAAGUGCUUGUUAGAUCUCGAACCUGUAAAAGUUGUCAAGAAUCCUGAUGGAAGCUUAGCACAAGCAGCGUUAAUGCAGGGUGCUCUGGCGAAAGAACGACGUGAUCAAAAGUUACAAAUGCAGCGUGAGCAAGAGUCACAUUCUCACCGAAGUGGUCUCUCUUCAACUGCCAGAAUCAACGAUCCAAUGGCAGACUUAUCGGGGCAGCCAUCUAUAGAUGCUUCUGGUGUAGGUCAAAGGCAGAAGGAAAUGCCCGAAUGGUUGAAACAUGUAACUGCUGGUGGGAAAGCAACUUACGGAAAAAGAACUAAUAUGUCUCUAAAAGAACAGCGUGAAUCGCUUCCAAUCUAUGCAUUGAAAAAUGCGCUUCUGGAAGCGAUUGCUGCACAGAAUAUUUUAAUUGUUAUCGGAGAAACAGGAUCUGGAAAGACUACACAAAUUACUCAAUAUAUCGUUGAAGCAGGGUAUUCUGUUCGUGGUCGCGUAGGAUGCACUCAACCAAGGCGUGUGGCUGCUAUGUCAGUUGCUAAACGUGUAGCUGAAGAGAUGGGUUGCAGACUCGGUUCUGAAGUAGGUUACACCAUUCGAUUCGAAGAUUGCACGAGCCAGGACACUAUAGUAAAGUAUAUGACGGAUGGUAUGCUGCUGAGAGAAUGUUUGCUGGAUCCAGAUCUAACAUCAUAUUCUGUAAUUAUGUUAGAUGAAGCGCACGAAAGAACUAUUCAUACUGACGUUUUAUUUGGACUCCUUAAAGCAGCAGUCAAAAAACGGCCGGAAUUGAAGUUAAUUGUUACUAGCGCUACAUUGGAUGCUGUAAAAUUCUCGGAAUAUUUCUUUGAAGCUCCUAUAUUCACAAUACCCGGGAGAACAUUUCCUGUUGAAAUUCUUUAUACCCGUGAACCAGAAACAGAUUAUCUAGAUGCAGCUCAUAUUACUGUCAUGCAGAUUCAUCUUACUGAACCUCCUGGUGACAUUCUUGUUUUCCUCACUGGUCAGGAAGAGAUCGAUACAUCAUGUGAAGUGCUUUAUGAGAGGAUGAAAAGUCUUGGACCGGAUGUUCCAGAAUUGAUCAUUUUACCUGUGUAUGGAGCAUUGCCCAGCGAAAUGCAGACUCGAAUAUUUGAACCUGCACCGCAGGGCAGUCGAAAAGUGGUCAUUGCAACAAAUAUAGCUGAAACUUCUCUGACGAUCGAUGGAAUUUAUUAUGUAGUUGAUCCAGGAUUUGUGAAACAAAAGAUAUACAAUCCUAAAAGUGGUAUGGAUUCAUUAGUUGUUACACCAAUUUCGCAGGCGCAAGCGAAGCAGAGAGCUGGUCGAGCCGGUCGAACAGGGCCAGGAAAAUGUUAUAGGCUUUAUACAGAAAGAGCUUAUAGAGAUGAAAUGUUACCAACACCCGUACCCGAAAUACAGCGGACGAAUCUUGCAUCAACACUUUUGCAGUUAAAAGCAAUGGGAAUCAAUAACUUGAUUGAUUUUGAUUUCAUGGAUGCGCCGCCAGUAGAAGCAAUGAUUACAGCUUUAACGCAGUUACACACUUUAAGCGCUCUUGAUAAUGAUGGCCUGCUAACUAGGCUUGGAAGAAGGAUGGCUGAAUUUCCUUUAGAACCAAGUUUGGCGAAAUUGCUUAUCAUGUCAGUGGAUUUAUGUUGCUCAGAUGAGGUAUUAACGAUUGUUUCGAUGUUAUCAGUACAGAAUGUUUUCUAUAGACCAAAGGAUAAGCAAGAAAUAGCUGACCAAAAGAAAGCGAAAUUCCAUCAACCGGAAGGCGAUCAUCUAACUUUGCUGGCAGUUUACAAUUCUUGGAAGCAUCACCAUUUCUCACAACCUUGGUGCUAUGAAAACUUUGUCCAAAUUCGAACUUUGAAGAGAGCUCAAGACAUUCGAAAACAGUUACUUAAUAUUAUGGAUAGGCAUAAGCUAAAUACAAUAAGCUGUGGUCGGGAUGUACAACGUAUACAGAAAGCCAUUUGUUCUGGUUUCUUUCGCAAUGCGGCUAAGCGGGACCCGCAGGAAGGAUAUCGAACCAUUGUUGAUGGUCAAAACGUGUACAUACAUCCAUCUAGUUCAUUAUUUCAAAAUCAGCCAGAAUGGGUUGUUUAUCAUGAGCUUGUUAUGACAAGCAAAGAAUACAUGCGUGAAGUUAUUGCCAUUGAACCGAAAUGGUUGGUUGAAUUCGCACCAUCAUUCUUCAAAAUGGGUGAUAACACAAAACUUUCCGCAUUCAAAAAGAACCAAACGAUUAAUCCGUUGUACAAUAAAUACGAAGAUCCAAAUGCCUGGCGUAUUACACGUUUGAAGAAGAAGAUUUACAAUCCAAAUCGAUAA